UAGAGGGUGAUAUACCCGGCAGCCCACUUGCUUCUUACGGGACUUCAGACCUGAGAGUCCAUGCAGUGUUUCUUUCGAGAAUUUCAAUUCUGGUUGCAAAGUUGUGGAGGGAAGAGGAUCAUGAAAGUGCGAAGGGCAGUAUUUAUCUUUUGAUCUGUGUAGUUUCGUGCUGCAUAUGCUUUAGGGUUUUUCAGAAGAGAUAGCCUAUGAAUUAGGGUUAGUGAUCAUCGAUCAAACGACGGUAACACUAUGAGUUGAGGAGAUCAUAAUAAUAUUUUCGAGUUAUGCCACGGAGAAUUGCAAUGUCGGAAUUGGGCGAUGUUCAGCGCUUUAAUCUGUGCUCCAUAUCAAGCACCCGUAUUUCUGAUUUUUUUCGUAAAGAAUUCUUGUCAUUUGGAGUGGUUCUUUCCAUUGAACUUCCACUCAUGGACAUAUAUGGCGAACCCGAACUUUGCCACAACCGAGCAAGUUCACUUCGCGAAUGGCGAGCAUGAUUUACUUUCAACAGUGAUAAAUCAAUGUGUUGCUUCUGCGAGGGACGGGGAUGAUUACAAUUCAGAUAGUCCAGAAGCCAGUGUAAGUGUUGCAGAUGAUAGUAUCGAUCCAAUCACAGAAGCCAGGGAACAGCUCAUGGCCGCCAACCCACCUUUAACUGCAAUAGGUGAAAGUUUUGUAGGCCCUGUUUCAACACUUUCUGAAAAUGAAGAGGGUUUCGCUAAGAAUCACGAUCGCGAUGGGGCCAAUUUUCAAUUAGCUAUCUACAUAGCAAUGGCUCAUGCUGGGCUGGUGCUCGCAACAGCCAUUUGCUAUGGGGUCUGCCUAUUGCUAAAGGACUACUGGACGCCUAUCCAUUGGGCUAUCUUGAUCUCGAUGCCAUUGCACCGAAUACAAGCAGCUGCUUUCGAAUUCUGGAAGCGACCUUUACAGUUGGGUUUAGCUCAAGCCUUCUUCGCCAUCCCUGCUGCGAUGCUUUUUGCGUUGCUUGAUACCGUAGAAGAUAUUCGCGAGACAUUUCGAGCAAUUUCAAUUCGUGACUUUGCCCCAAUCUCGGACGACGCAAAAUUCUAUAAGCUUUUUCAGUGGCUUUUCUUCCUGUGGACUUGCUUAUUAUGCUACGAGUAUGUAGGGCUAGUGUAUAUGAUAGCUGUUGCAUGCGUUGCUGGUGCAACCUACCGGAUGUUACACGUCGUACAUUCCAUCGUGACUGCAAAAUAUACAAAUUGGGUUCCUCAGGCACAUGAGCAUCGCGGCAGUGCUGCACAGCUAUUAUUUUUCACUGUUCAUGCUAGCAGGUGGAGCAAUCGAGGACUAGCACAGACAUUGAUAAAGAAUCUUUCCUUCCUUGUAGCUCUUCAACUUAUAGUUUCAAUGACUUUGGUAAUCCUAGGAGGUACAAUUUUGUUUUCAUUCAAAGUAAGUGUUGAAACCAAGGAUGCCGUCGACGCUUUGAAGUCCAAUUUGGAGGCGGGAAAAAGGUUUUCAGAUUGGCUAGGAACCAGCCCAACUUCUCUCAACAUCGACAAAUACAUGAUGAUGGCUUACGACACAGUGGUACAGAGGGUUAACGAUUAUGCAGAGGAGAGCAACAUGACAACCGUUGCACAUGCUGCAAAGGAGUUUCUCGAUGUAAUUGCUUACAAUGGUGGCGGAAAUCCAGCAACCGACGAUAAGUCCAGUUUUUGGGAAAAAUUCAUGACAAUAACCCAUGUCUUUGCAGAGAAAUUUGGAGGCGGUUCCAUGUCAGGAAGCUAUAGUAUUUUAGUUGGACUUGGUACAGAUGUAGCCAACUUCGUCAAACAAGUUUUAGUCUUUGUAGCUAUGCUGUUUUUCCUAAUCACAUCGGAAAAUGGCGGUGUAAUGGAGCAAGUUUUACACAUGAUUCCACUCUCAGAAUUGACUCGUCAUAAAUGUGCGAGUGUAUUGGACCGGACCAUCAGCGCUGUUCUUGUAACUACGGCUCUACUGCAGCUCCUGAUUGAGAAAAAAAUUCUCUGGGGAGUGUCUACAGCAAUUAUUUAUAAGUACGUGAUGGACUAUGGUGUCACUGAGAUUCAAGGGGUUGUUUCAAAUCACAACCAGUAUCUGACGGGCCUCAGCAUUGCUGGAGGAAUGACCCUCUUCCAACCCGCAAUAAAGGGUGUGAUCAUGGGCCCUUUGGUGAUGACGGUACUGGUGGCUCUAAGAGACCUAUAUUCUGAGUUCGUAUUGAAGGUUGUCACAGCUUACCAAGGUUCUGAAACACAAGUGAGAGAUCACUGAUUUUAUUGUUGAAACAAAGCAAAUUUUUAUUCUACAAAGUACGAACACUCGUUCAAAAUCUGGAAUAUGAUAUUCAGCAUUUUCCGUUGGAGGAAUGACUUGAAGGAUUCGUAGAAAAUGGGAUAGUUCGGGAAAGUGAAAUCUUGUCGAUGUCAAUGUAAAAAAUAGUUCUACCGAUUGUUUUACUAUCAACCUCUA